AUGCCUUUCGUUCUAUCCGAGAGCUUAUCCCGGGCCACGUGGUCCAGCUGCGAAAGCAUCCAUGCAGGAAGCACUGCCAGUGAUUCCGGAUUUGGCAGUCCCUACUCCCCGAACUCCUUCUCACCUAUCUCAACUUCCCCGGAUAACACGUUGAGAAAGAGGAGGAUACGUCGCUGCUCCAGCUUGAACAGUGUCAUCCAGGAACCCUUCGUGAUCAGAUCUGAUGCUAGAGAGUCUCGCAGCCAAAGUCCCGUCAAUGGCCAGGAGGAAGAAGCGGAUUUGCUCGCACUACUCUCAAACGUCAUAGGAUGGUACCCGUGUUUCUUGCUCAGGGUGAUCAAAGCUGUGGUGUUAGCUGUGCUACCGCAAACCUGGACCCAGUUGUUCUUCGCUCUACCGAUGAUCUGGAUCUCCAUUUGGAUUUGGGUUUGUACGCAGUUCCUUCAGCUCCCUUUGACGUGCACUAGACUAUUGCUCUCCAUCAUCAUAUCUCCUGGUACUCCAAGGAACAGUAAGAGAAGAACGGUGUUAAUAAGUGGAGGUAGUACGAUCCAAGCACUUCAUCUUGCUAGAAACUUUUAUUCGGCUGGCGCUAGAGUAGUUGUUUGCGAGAUUGAUGGACUUUUCGCGCUCUCCAAAUACUCCACGUCAGUUAGCAAGUUUUACACGGUACCUAAACCUACAAGUGACCAACAACAGAACUAUGUGAGAGCGCUGUGCGAAAUUGUCGACAAAGAGCAAGCUGUUUAUUAUAUUCCAGUCUGCUCUUCAACCUCAGCAUAUUAUGAUUCAGUGGCCAAGCCUCAUUUAGAGUUGCUGGGUUGCACAGUCUUCUGUCCGGGUAUCAAAGAAGUUUGGGUAUUGGACGAUACCCUGGAAGUACUCAAACGCUGCCAGAAAUAUCAAAUACCCACUCCCUCAUACCACGUGGUUACCUCCAAGGGAGACGUGAUGAAGCUAUACGAUACAGGAGAAAUUAGAAAAGGGAUCCAUAUCAUGGCGACCACUGGACCCAGAGGCUUGAGGGAGAGGUCAAAGAUCGUCCUGCCUUUAUCUAAGAGCGAGCUGAAAAUUCCUGCGGAUGUCAGCGAACAGAAACCGUGGGUCGUAGUACAGAAUCCAGAGGGUGAGCACUAUCUCACUUGCACAACUGUCAAAGAGUCCCAAGUAGUGGCAAACGUCUCUUGCCAAAUGAACAAAGACAACAACAGUCUCAUUCCUACAGAAAAUAGGGAGAUCAAUCAAUGGGUAUCAAACUUCUUUUCCAAGCUGCAGCUCUUGAGGCCGAUCUCAGGACACAUCAGCUUCAGGUUCGUAAUACCAAAAGAUUCCUCAACUGUGAUACCUUUAAGUAGCAGGGUGGGCGUCUCCCUACCAUACAUUUGUUACACAAAUGUUCAUCCAAGAUUGGUAUGGAAACCUUGUAGACAUUUCAGGAGGCAGAACUCGGGACCUCUGGUGAACGAUAGUGAGGUCUAUAAGAUAUCAGAGGUAAUUUCGAGUACGGUGAAAAAUCCGUCACUGCAGUCUGCAACUAGGCUCAUUGGCACUGUCCUAGACAAAAGAGAAGCUCUAUUCGCACUUUGGGAUCCUUUGCCUUAUUGUGCCUACUACCACAUGCAGUUGUCUUUCAAAAAUAUUUUGGCCUUUAUGCAAGGCAGGCACGAAAAAUUUCAGUUACCAGUGAGUGAUUCAACGUAG